AUGGUGAAAGCUCUCAUUAUGAUGGCCGACUAUGGCCACGACCCGACAGAGACUGCAGUUCCCUACACGGCAUUUCGGGACGCAGGCUUCGAAGUGAGUUUCGCUACGGAAAAGGGUCUGUCGCCCCUAUGUGAUGCAAGAAUGCUUGAGGGCAUAACAUCGCUUGCAACCUCACGAUCAGUGAAACUCAAAUAUGCGUCAAUGAUAGCCUCUCACGAGUGGAAGAACGCUCUGAGCUGGUCCGCGGCCGACUUCGAUCUCCAAGCCUUCAGCCUCGUGUUCUUCCCUGGAGGACAAGAUCACUCGAUUCGACAGCUUCUCGAUUCGGAAGUCGUACACAAAUUGCUGCAGGAAUACUUUCCAACGACUAGAAAGCCCAGCGCGAAUGUCAUUGGAGCCAUAUGCCACGGCGUCAAGGUAUUGGCCGAUACGAAUACCGACGGUGGACGCAGCGUUCUCCAUGGUUGCAUCACUGCAGUCCUACCGUCGUUGUUUGAACAAGCGGCUUUUCGAUUACUGAGACCAUUCAUGGACGGAGAUUAUUGCAAGGUGUAUGGAGGCGACAGUGAGGAUCUUGAACAUGCGGUGCAAAAGAAAUUGGAAGAUAAAACUCAUUUAAAGACGAGCUGGAGCCCGCUACCCUUUGUAGUUGAGGAUGACCAGUUCAAUUAUGUUAGCGGUAGGUGUCAAGCUGAUGCGCAAAAGUUGUCCGAGAGGCUGGUUUUUGCUGUACAGAGAGGAGCACGCAACGAGCCUGAAAACCACGAAUCAGAGUAA